AAUUUAUGUGUAAGUGAAAAGUGAUGACGUACUUGGCAAAACAUAUAAUUGGGCAGGCUAACAAGGAGGGUACAUGGUGGAAGAAUCAUGCAAGCUGGAACAUUAUACAGAAAUGUUGUCUGGUAUCUUAAGGCCAAAAAGGAAUUUACUAAAGAUGGCUAUGCAGCAGCAAGUAAAAACUUCAACCCUAAUGACCUGGAGAAGGUGGACAUUAAGAAUAAAAGUUUUAUGAUCACUGGGAGUAACUCUGGUAUUGGUAAAGCAGCAGCAGUGGAGAUUGCCAAGAAAGGGGGUAAAGUUCACAUGGUUUGUCGCAGUGAGGAGAGAGGGAGGGCUGCUCAACAAGAUGUUAUAACUGAGUCAGGUUCCAAGGAAGUGAUAUUCCAUCAACUGGACAUGUCUCUACCCAGAAGCAUUCAAAGAUUUGCUCAAACAUUCCUUGAGUCAGGAGAGAAGCUAGAUGUCUUAAUCAACAAUGCUGGUUGUAUGGUGAACCAACGUGAACUUACUGAGGAUGGCCUUGAGAAGAAUUUUGCAACCAAUGUACUGGGUACACAUGUACUAACCACCUCAUUGAUGCCUUUAUUACAACAGAGUCAGCAGCCAAGAGUGAUCACAGUAUCCUCAGGGGGGAUGUAUGUGGAAGGACUUGACCCUGAUGACUUACAAAUGGAAAAACGUGCACCAUUUUUUGAUGGUACACAGUCAUAUGCAAAAAACAAGAGGCAGCAAGUUGUCAUGACAGAAAACUAUGCAAAACUCUAUACUAGUGUACAUUUUUCCUGCAUGCACCCAGGAUGGGCUGACACUCCUGCAGUUCAAACAUCUAUGCCAGAUUUCUAUAAGGAGCAUAGGUGGAGCCUUAGGACCCCCCAACAAGGUGCUGAUACAAUAGUAUGGCUUGCAAUAUCAGACGCUGCCCUUCAGAACAAGAGCGGACUAUUCUACCAAGAUCGCAAGGCUGUGUCAACACAUCUACCACUGGCUUGGACAAAAUACACUCCACAAGUAGAGACAAAAUUCAUGCAAAAACUGAGUGAUUUUUAUGAUCAAUUCAAGAAUCUUCCUCCUUCCCAGAUUUCUCACCAACUAAAAGAAUUUACUUUAAGCUGCUUACAUGAUCAACUAGGGGCAGUUCCUGGGAUGAUGGGAAAUUAG